UUUCGCAACUGUGCUAAUACGUCAGAUUUGGUGUUCAUUCUGUUCCUCUCACGCAAAACUGAAUGUACUGCUUUUUAUUUCCGCUAUGUACUGUAUUUGAUGUGAUUUUUGUUCACUUUGUACUACAAGAACCAUCUCUUUUGAUGGUAUGUCACUGCGCAGCUGUUAUCUACAUAUGUUCCAUAUUAUAAGGCUGUAACACUUGAAGGCGUUACAUCAGUUCCAAAAACAGGGAAGGACCCGAGAUGUUACUUCAGUGCACGUGUUAUGUGCAGCAAACCAGAGUGUUAAAGAGAUGAGCAUUCCGAUCGCUGGAUUUUUAACAACGUUGGAUAUGAUGGAAGAAUAGUUUUUUUUUUUUUACUGUUGCUGUUGCAUUUCUGCUUCAAAGAGCGACUUGCCUUAGAACCUGAUCAUGCAAUGUUACACGAUACCAGGAAACCUCUGUGAUAUAAUCAGUUCCAUCUCUCGUGUAUAGGUUUGUGCUGAAAUUAAAGGUUAUUUGACUGACGUAGGAGUUGAAGUUGGGGCUGGGGACCUCUGUGCAAAGGAUUCCUCCGAAACCUUUCGACCUAACACCAUAAUGGCUCCUCAUCCAGUUGUCCAGGCUAUCAUUGACCUCUCUGCUGGGGCUUUCGGAGGUACAGCCUGUGUGCUGAGUGGGCAGCCCUUUGACACAGCCAAGGUGAAAAUGCAGACCUUCCCCACGAUGUACAAGGGCUUUGUAGACUGUUUCGUGAAGACCUACAAGCAGGUGGGCUUCAGAGGGCUCUACCACGGCACUACCCCGGCCCUCAUGGCCAACAUCGCAGAGAACUCUGUGCUCUUCAUGUGCUACGGCUUCUGCCAGCAGGUGGUUCGGAAGGUCCUGGGCCGAGACAACGCCGCUGUGCUCAGUGAUCUUGAGAAUGCGGCAGCAGGUUCUUUGGCCUCUAUCUUUUCCUCAAUGGUUUUGUGUCCCACCGAACUGGUGAAGUGUCGUCUACAGGCCAUGUACGAAAUGGAGGCCUCUGGGAGGAUAGCUGAAAGGCAGACCUCGGUGUGGUCUGUGGUGAAGGCAAUAUUGCAGUCUGAGGGGCCUCUGGGCAUGUACCGAGGCCUGAGCAGCACUCUGGUGAGAGAGAUCCCCGGAUACUUCUUUUUCUUCGGGGGCUACGAGCUCAGCCGUUCCAUUUUUGCAUCCAGGGGGAAAACCAAGGAAGAGCUAGGAGUGCUCCCCGUGAUGUUCAGCGGAGGGUUUGGGGGUGCCUGUCUCUGGCUGGCAGUGUACCCCAUUGACUGUGUCAAAUCCAGAAUCCAAGUCCUGUCCAUGGCUGGCAAGCAGGCAGGCUUCCUCAAGACCUUCAAUAGCAUUGUCAGGAAUGAAGGCAUUCCGGCACUGUAUUCUGGUUUGACCCCAACCAUGAUCCGGACAUUCCCAGCUAAUGGAGCGCUCUUCCUAGCCUACGAGCUCAGCAGGAAGAUGAUGAUGAAACAGUUUGACAGCUGAUCUCUCAGCCUACCUCAGGUUGCCCUCCACCCCAGCCUUUCUACUUGAAAGGCUUUCUUAACUUGAAACUUUUGUUUUUAUGUCUCUAAAAAAGUGUGCACUGCCCCAUCCUUAGCUCCGAAACACUCCAGUCGAAAUCGAAAUACACCUGGUUAUUAAAAUUUCCCACUCCCAUCUCCAUCUGUGCUGUACUGAACAUACAGAGGCUAUUUUGCAUCUCAGUACACGACUAAAGAAGGUAAUGGACAAUCUGGUUUAACUAGCUGGUUUUAAAUGUCUUCUGACUUAUGUGGAACCACUGUGUGAAAAAGUCUCACAGUAUCAGAGAUUUUAAUAGAUGCCAUGUACGAAAGGAGUGAUUGUGAAUAUUUUUUUAAUGUAGUCAUUUUUUCCCAUUUUUUACAGCCUUAUUUUUUUCCCCACCAGUCUUCACUGAUACCAUUGGUAAAUGGCAUCAGUACCCAGUCAAUAGCUUAUCUCUACUGGCUUGACAACAAUUGUGUUUCGUCUUCCUUCUUCCCUUUCUGGACUGAAGGUUGCUCAACAUUGGUCAAUUCUUAAAUAGAGGAGCACGAAAAACAUAUUCAUCUAUUUUUAAAUUAUAAAAAAAUAAACAAUUCAUGGAUGAUGCAGAAAAGAGUGACAGAAGUUGAGUAAAUUGGCCAUCUCGUGAAUGAUGUCCCAAUCUGGAGAUAUCAAACAAAAAUUAAAUAGUUUUUGGUUGCUUUUCAAAGAAAUACAUUUUGUGUGUUAUUAAGAAUUUUUAGGAACUGCCAUAGACUGUUCAGGCUAUUUUUAUGUAUUACAAAGCACUCCCAGCUUGAAACAGUAAUUACACUAACCACUGUGGCCUCCAAUUUUGAGAGUAAAAUUUUAGGGAAAAAAUUCUAAAAAAUAUUUUUAAAGAAGACAUUUUGCAUAAAUAUGUAAUUAUUUAAAUAUAUUCAGGAAUUAUGAUUACAGCUGUGAAGGCCAGCUUUGAAAGGAAAAUCUGAAGCAUUUGAAAAGUAUUCUGUACAGUUUAUGGGAAAAUGAUGCUUUUCAAAUUUUCUUCAGUCAUCUGCUGAACCAGCACAUAUAGGACUUUGCAGCAAAACAACUAAUCAAUUUUCCUUUAAACCCGAGUCUAUGAUAGAACAUGAGGUUGUCUGUGGGUGACUGCUUUCACAUUAUGUAUUCAAAACUGUCCUAUGUUAUUAUGGAAACAAUUUCAUACCAGACAAUCAAAUCAACACUCCCUGAAUUUACCACAUCAUUAUAUUUCAUACCAGUGCAAUAAUAGGCUUUACUGAGACGUAGCUGUGCAGUUAGGUGCAUUUCUUUAUUAAAAGAAGCUUUGUAAACAAUAUUUUCCUCUCUAUCAGGGAUUUCUGCAGCAAAUGCUGCCUGCCAUAAGCACAGGGAUAUAUAGAGGUAAUGGAGAUAAGUAAUUCUCCAAGCUUCUCUACCCUGGACUCAAUUCAAACUGCCAAAAUCUAACCCAGGUUGGAGCCCAGGGCAUUUUUUAGUUGGGAGUUUCCUGAAGAAGUUACUACUCUACAAUAUCUCUGUUCAAUCCUUUCAGUUAGAAGUUCAACUUAAGUCCGACUAUUAGCAAUUUUGCAGACAGUGCUAACUUAUAAAUAGCCCCCACGUUUCCCCUGUGUUUGUUGUUCCAAAGCCAAAUCACUCAAACAUGUGCAGUGACAGUGACACCACUUCAAUCUAAAGUGAAAAAUAACUACUCUUGGGAGAAGAUACACCUAACAUGAAUGGAAGGACAGCAAAAAAAUAAACAAUUAAGUUUAGUUUCCCAAUGCUGCAUGGAGCAAUAAUACUUAAUAACUACAAAAAUAUGUUUCAAAGACAUUGUCGCUAUUUUCUCUGUACUUUUCUGCAUGUAAGAUUUUCUGUUUUUACACAUGUGCUUUUUCUCUGUGGAGUUAUAUUUUUUUUCUAAAAGGGAAAGUAAUUUAUUAAUGAUCAAGUAAUAAGAACUGGAAAGCACCAAUUAUUCGAAUCACAGAACAGUAUCUGUUCUUCCAUAAUAUUGGUUUAUGUACAUGGAUUAUUUAUUAUUAGAAUAGUGACAGGUUGGACUUGGAAUUGUAUUGGCCUCAUGACCAUGUAUGAACAGAUAGAAGAGGCUUAUCAUCAGUUUUCAACACUUUAAUGCAGCACUUGGAAAGCACCAUUGUUGGGCUUGGCUCCAACCACAGUAUGUCUGGCUAGGAAGAACAUAUAACUGCAAUAUGAUAUCUGGUGCUAUAUAAGUCUCAGACGAACUGCAAGUUUAGUUAUAUGUUUUGUCAAUGUGAUCCUCUGCCUAUCUCUGUCCAGUAUGUAAUACCUGAUUUAGGUAUACUGUACUCCCCCAAUAAAGUGGUCAAAUAGUGAAAAGUA